AUGGCGACCGCACUCGCCGAGCAACUUGAGUCUACUUCGUUAGAGGGACAAGACCCUGACUGGAAAUCAAAACUGAAGGCUCCCAAAAAAGAUCUGAGACCACAGACAGAGGAUGUCACCGCUACUAAAGGUCUUGAUUUUGAAGAUCUCUAUAUCAAACGAGAGCUAUUGAUGGGUAUCUUUGAGGCUGGUUUCGAAAAGCCGUCACCUAUUCAAGAAGAGACCAUUCCAGUAGCAUUAACCGGUCGUGAUAUCCUUGCCCGUGCCAAAAACGGCACAGGGAAGACCGCCGCCUUCGUCAUCCCUGCUCUUGAGAGGGUAAAUCCCAAGAGUACGAAAACACAGGCACUUAUUCUCGUACCAACAAGAGAACUCGCCCUACAGACAUCACAAGUUUGUAAGACAUUGGGGAAGCAUCUGGGCAUCAAUGUCAUGGUUACCACCGGAGGGACUGGAUUGAAAGAUGACAUCAUUCGCUUGAAUGAGGCUGUGCAUAUUCUAGUCGGAACACCGGGCAGGAUCCUUGAUCUUGCUGGCAAGGGAGUGGCCGAUUUUAGCGAAUGCCCGACGUUUAUCAUGGACGAGGCAGAUAAGCUUCUCAGUCCUGAGUUCACGCCUAUCAUCGAACAACUUCUUGCGUACUUCCCCAAUGAUCGGCAGAUAAUGUUAUUUAGUGCAACCUUCCCUCUUGUUGUGAAGAGCUUUAUGGACAAACACUUGAACAAACCAUAUGAGAUCAAUUUGAUGGAUGAGCUCACUCUUCGCGGUGUAACGCAAUACUAUGCGUUUGUAGAAGAAAAGCAGAAAGUUCACUGCCUUAAUACUCUCUUUUCGAAGCUACAAAUUAAUCAAUCUAUAAUUUUUUGCAACUCAACAAACCGUGUUGAGCUACUGGCCAAGAAAAUUACAGAACUUGGCUACUCAUGUUUUUACUCUCACGCCAAAAUGCUUCAGAACCACCGUAACCGGGUCUUCCAUGAUUUCAGGAACGGUGCUGUAAAUGUUGUCAUCAAUUUUGAUUUCCCCAAAAAUGCGGAGACAUAUCUUCAUCGUAUCGGGCGUUCUGGUAGAUUUGGUCAUCUUGGUCUCGCUAUUAAUCUUAUCAACUGGGAAGACAGGUUCAACCUUUACAAAAUCGAGCAAGAGCUUGGAACCGAAAUUCAGCCAAUACCUCCAACAAUCGACAAGAAGCUUUAUGUUUACGACUCUCCUGAGUCUAUUCCUAGGCCUCCAUCAACCCCACAACCCACACGUCAAAACCAAGGAGAUAACCAGAAUCUCCAGCAAUUGCAACAGCGAAACGCCAAUCACGCUACCCACAAUCGUGCUCCCAAUCACGGGCAAGGAAGGGGCCGAGGAUUUCAGCACCAGCAAGGUCCCAACCAAGGCCAAUACAAUAAUAAUCAAGGCUUUAACCAACAACAGAACCGUCGCCCUGGGCCUCGGUACAACCAGAAUCAAGGCCAACCGGGAGGACGUCCAAAUGGGUUCGGACCUCCGGAUGCUGGGCCGCAAGUACGAGCUCAGUAG